UAAAAUACAAAUGAGUGCAAGUGUACAACACAACAUCCCAUCAAAGCCUAAAUAAAGUUGAUGUAGAAGCUAGAAAGAAACAUCAUCACCAACCACUCACUACUUUCUUGUUAUAAAAACCUCACUCUUAACAUUUUGUUUUUUUUUGAGUUUAGGUAUUAUUACAUCUAUUAAACCAAAUUCUUCUUUCCUUCUUUUGAUUCUACAAAUAUAAUUUAGAUUACAAAAAAAAUUAAAAUUUUUGGAAGAUGGAUGUGGACUUUUGGACUACAAGAGAAAACUCAGCCAAUAAUCUUUCUGCCUUUCAAUUUACCCAUUUUAGCAAUUCUGAUUCUUUCUUGAAUGAAGCAGAAGAAGACGUUAGAGCUUGGUUCCCUUGCCCUUUCUGUUAUGUCGAAAUUGAAGUGCCAAUGCUUUGCAGCCAUUUGGAAGAUGAGCAUUGUUUUGACUUAAAAAACGCGGUCUGUCCCGUAUGUGCUGCAACUUUGGGCAAAGAUCCUACCGGACAUUUUUCUGUGCAACAUGCACACUCAGUAAAGAGGAGGAGAAAUUACCUAAAACCUGGCUUCUGGAAUAAUGCUACACCUAUGAUCGGAAAGGAUCCUCGAGAAAUAACUUCAUUCUUUGGCACAAAUUCAGAAUUUGUUCGGUACAAGGUUCAAGAAACUGCUCCUGAUCCACUUUUAUUGCCAUUUCUCUGCAAUUUCUCUCCUUUGGAUCCUAAAUGCAGGCAGCAAGAUAAGUCAUCUGUUUGUGACAAUGUGACUACUGAAAUAGAAAGCAAGUUAGCUGUAUCUGAUCAAGCACUAGAAGAGGAUUUUGAAGAGCAAAGGCAGAGAGCUGUAUUUCUUCAAGAGCUGGUUGCUUCAACUAUAUUUUAGGAAAUCAACCAAUUUUUGUGGAUAAUAUGCUUCAUAGAAUCAUGCAGGCGAGGCGAUGAUCGUUCCAAAUUACUAGUAAAAGUCAUGUAACACCAGAAAGCAUCUCAAAAACUUCUAAUAUCUAUAAAUCAAUGUUACAAUUUCAAGUAUAUUAAUGCAAUCACAUUUGUCCUCGACGAUCAACAUGCUACUGUUUGCUA